AUGGCGCUACCGUCGGAGGGCCUGGCGCCGGCGUCGGACGCGCGGCAUGCGCCUCUGGGGCGCCGCUCCGCGGGGGGCUUCGCUGCGGCCGUUCAGCCCGCACAGGCCCUGCGGUCGAGCCCGUCUCUGCCGCCGAGCCAGAGCAAGGCUGGGGAGGGCCGGCGUCUGUCUCAGCACGCUGCGUUCCCUGCUCUCGCGUCUUCCUCGUUUUCUGCUUCGUUCGCCUCCUGCCUCCUGCCCUCGGCUGCCUGGGGCUCUCUGAUUGAGCGCAGGCAGCAGGAGCAGCAGCAGGCUGCGUACGACCGAGAGCUCGUCGUCGCGCAAGAGGCAGUGAAGGCGGAGAUGGAGAGGCGCGUCGGGGAGAUGCGCGAGGAGGUGCGCAAGCGGGAAGAUAAGGACAGCCUGAGUGAAGACGACGAGGAGUGGCUUUGCAGCCAAUUCAGCGGCUUCGAGCGCGUUCUGCUGCGGCAGACCGUGCGUUCCUACUCGACGGGCGCCACGUCCUCGUCAGCCUCCUCCGCUCGUGGAGCGCCGCACAGUGCUUCGCCGAGGAAGCGGAAGGCCGAAGAGGCCGUGCCUGAUGAGAGGGAAGCAAAGGCUCAGCAGGCAGCCGGCGGCAAGGCAACUGGAGCAUCGUCCCUUCCCCUCGCUUCGGGGGCCUCUUCCCAGGGCGGCAGGGCUGCGCCGUCGCGCUCUGCAGGCGUCGCAAAUGGCGCUGUAUGGAGCAUUCUCUUGCCUUUCUCACACUGGCUGGGUGUCUCUUGGGCGCCGGCGCCAGCGACGCGGGGCGCGGCCGGAGGUCCCACUUCGCUGCUUGUGCCUCAGCUCCACAGCAAGGGAGGCGCAGCAAAGUCUCGCGCAGGGGCUGCAGCAGGCGGAACUGCUGCGGGAGUCUCGCCUGCGUCUUCGUCGUUUUCCUUCUCCUUUUCGUUCGCGUCAAAGCUGCUCGAAAGAAGGCGACGCGUUCGACAGCGAGAGGAGGCCUUCCUCCUGGAGCAGGAGCGCAGAGAAGAGGAGGAGAGAAUGAAGAUGUUCGAGCGCGCGCGGAAGAGAAAAAAAAGAUCUGCUUCAGCGAAGAACGCGAGCAGGUCGUCGCGGCGCGGCUGCGAUGCCGGCGCCCUUUCUGGAGACGAGGAGUCCAGCGGCAGCGAAGAAGACGAUGAAAAAGAAACGGACGAGAGGGGCGACGACAGGCGAAAGAGCGAAAAACUCGAGCGCGACCUGAAUAGGAACGGCACGCCGUCCGCUGGCGCGUCUGCGCACUGGGCGGGUUCCCGAGCGACGGCGCACGCGGCGGAUUGCACGCGGCUGAUGGCCUUCGAUUUUCUUUCCUGCCCGUCUUCCGUGAAGCUCUCUGACGAGAAGCUGCCUCGCGCUCUGCUUCGGUUUCUGCGGCGGCAAUGGCAGAAGAACACGGAGGCCGCAGAGACAGCAGGCGCCCACGACGGAGGCCGGAGGGGUCGCGGACCUCGGGCGAGCGCACAAGACGACAGGUCCGAUCCCGUGUCUCCAAGAGAGAGGAAACUUUUCAGCGAAGGCGAAGAGGACGACAUGCUGGAGGAGGGCGAAGAUGAAGUUUCUGCUGCGAUUCCUCUGCUAGCCCGACGCGUGCACCAGCGCGUGGCGCAGCUGCCCUACUCCAACCAGAAGGCAAAGAGCAAUCUCCUUCACUACCAGUUGGCGACCCACAGCCUGGAGUGGAAGGCGGCGCUGCUUUCGGGCUACGCGAUCCUCGUGGAAGGCUUCGGCAGCAAGAAGCAGCUCUUGGAUCUCUUUGCGCAGCACGCCCUCAGAGACGGCGUCUGCUGCGUCGUGGAGGGCUACCGCCGCGAGGCGCGCCUGCAGCACUGCUUGGCUGAUCUCCUCGUCUUCCUGGCUAGGGCCUCUCCGAAGGCCGCCGCAGCGCAUCAGACGCGCGCCGCCGCCGCCAGUGCCAAAUCGAAUGCGCUUCGGCCCCUGCUCCAGCCAGCCUCUCCGCUUGACAGAGGCGAGACAGAGAAACAAGUAAAGGGCACGACUCUCGCCGCUUCCCUGGAAAAACUGGUGAAGGAAGUGCGGAGAGCGGCGCGGCACUUGAAUGCGCCGCUGUACCUAGUCGUCCACAACGUCGAUGCGCCUGCGCUCAGAGGCGAAGCUCGCCGCGCGCUCGCCGCUCUUGCGACUUGCUCCAACAUUCACCUCAUUUGCAGCGCCGAUCAUCACUUGCACGGGUUCCUCUUCGACUCCGCCGAACUCCGCUCGCUCAACUUCCUCCACUACCGGUGCCAUACAUACAUGGACUAUAGAGAAGAAGUUCUCGGCUUUUGGGGCGCGACGUGUCUCUUCAUGCCGCUCUGGCUCCGAAGCAGCGCCGGCGCGUCGGGCGUCUCGGCGCGGGACGGCGGCGCCGAGGGCGCGUGGGUAAGCGGAGUGAACUUCUCCGCGGUCGUCGCGGCGCUCACCACUAACCACAAGCGGCUGCUCAAGUGUGUCGCCGAGCGACAGCUCGAACAGCUCAGGAGAGGGGAAGGUCGCGCGGUCUCCUUGGAGGCGCUUAGCGACCCGCUCUUUGCCAUGGCGGGGAACCUCGAUCGCACCAAGAUCCUACAGUUGCUUGUCGAGCUCACCAGCCACGGGGCCGCCAUCAAAACUUCUGUCGGCGGGCAGGAGGCGCUCUCGAUCCGCGCGAGCCCGGCGCAGCUGGAGCAACUCCUCGGCAUUCUCGAGCAGUACGGCAUCUAA